UUCACCAUCCUGCAAUCAGCUCUCUCCUGCAGCAGUUGUCUCACUGCAGUCUUUCCCUUUCCUCCUCUGCUACCGCAUUGCUGUAUUACAGGGGGUGCCCACAUUGCGCAGGCUAGACCAAUGCUUCAACCCCCUCCCAGGGACAUAAAACUGCCAGGACUGGAGCUAAUAGUCCCUGCUGUCUGAGAUCGCAGCUACAGCCUCUAUAUCAUAUAGUACUGCCCCUUGCCUCCAAAGACCAGUGCUGCAGAAUGGGAAAAGAGAAGACCCACAUUAACAUUGUGGUCAUCGGCCAUGUGGAUUCUGGCAAGUCCACCACCACUGGUCACCUCAUCUACAAGUGCGGAGGAAUUGACAAGAGAACCAUUGAGAAGUUUGAGAAGGAGGCUGCUGAGAUGGGCAAGGGCUCCUUCAAGUAUGCCUGGGUGCUGGACAAGCUAAAGGCUGAGCGUGAGAGGGGCAUCACCAUCGAUAUCUCCCUCUGGAAGUUUGAGACCUCCAAAUACUACAUCACCAUCAUUGACGCUCCGGGGCACAGAGACUUCAUCAAGAACAUGAUCACAGGGACCUCACAGGCUGACUGCGCCGUGCUGAUCGUGGCUGCUGGCGUCGGUGAGUUUGAAGCCGGGAUCUCCAAGAAUGGCCAGACUCGAGAACACGCGCUGCUGGCUUACACCUUGGGGGUCAAGCAGCUGAUCGUAGGGGUCAACAAGAUGGACUCCACUGAGCCGCCCUACAGCGAGAAACGCUACGAUGAAAUCGUCAAGGAGGUCAGCGCCUACAUCAAGAAGAUCGGCUACAACCCGGCCACCGUCCCCUUCGUCCCUAUCUCAGGCUGGCACGGGGACAACAUGCUGGAGCCCUCUCCCAACAUGCCCUGGUUCAAAGGCUGGAAGCUGGAGAGGAAGGAUCACAAAGACAGUGGGGUGACUCUCCUGGAGGCCCUCGAUACUAUCCAGCCCCCCUCCCGGCCCACCAACAAGCCCCUGCGCCUGCCCCUUCAGGACGUCUACAAGAUUGGAGGUAUCGGCACAGUCCCAGUGGGCAGAGUGGAGACAGGAGUCUUGCGGCCUGGCAUGGUGGUGACCUUUGCCCCCGUUAACAUCACCACGGAGGUGAAGUCAGUGGAGAUGCACCACGAGGCCCUGAAUGAGGCGUUCCCCGGGGACAACGUGGGCUUCAACGUGAAGAACGUGUCUGUCAAGGACAUCCGUCGAGGAAACGUGUGUGGAGACAGCAAAUCCGACUCGCCCCAGGAGGCAGCCCAGUUUACAGCACAGGUGAUCAUCCUGAACCACCCUGGACAGAUCAGUGCCGGCUACUCUCCAGUCAUCGACUGCCACACCGCGCAUAUCGCCUGCAAGUUCGCUGAGCUGAAGGAGAAGAUCGACCGCCGCUCAGGAAAGAAGCUGGAGGACAAUCCCAAAUUCCUGAAGUCCGGCGACGCAGCCAUCGUGGAAAUGGUGCCCGGCAAGCCCAUGUGUGUGGAGAGCUUCUCCCAGUACCCACCCUUAGGGCGCUUCGCGGUGAGGGACAUGAGGCAGACGGUGGCAGUGGGGGUCAUCAAGAGCGUGGAGAAGAAGAUUGGCGGCGCUGGCAAGGUCACCAAGUCCGCUCAGAAGGCCCAGAAAGUGGGCAAAUGAAUCGAGCUCUACGAGAACAACGCGGCCAGACCAUCGCGCCCGCGAGACCCCCCGUACCAUCUCCCCAGAGGGCAUGCCCACACAUCCGCUUGUAAAACACUCCUCGUCAAUGACUGGAUGUUGACCAUUAAAGUACAAUGGAAAUUCUUUAAAAGGAAAAGCAUGUUCCAGCAUUUGUAAGGGUUCAUGUUCAUUUUACCAAUAAAGUGGUACAAACACUU